AUGGGGCGUCGAGAAGAUAUUGAUUUUACACAACUCUGCUGUUUCUGCGAUAUUCCAAAUGAUAGGUUAGCAUCGUCAUACACUGGAUAUUCCGUCAUUAGAGACAGGUGGAAUGAUUCGAAGCGAGGUAUUACAAGUGGGUUUGUGGUUUCUGGUUUCGCCGCUGGGGCAUUCAUCCUCAACCAAGCUAUAACUGCCAUUCUGAACCCAAACAACGACUCUCCUACAUUAGAGAGUAGCAGUGGAGAAAGAUAUUUCCAGCAGACCGAUAUCCUCGACCGUGUACCGGCCAUCUUUUGGAUGUUGGGCUCCGUUUAUGCUUCCAUGCAGCUGAUCGGGGUUUUGCUGUUAAAAAGACCGAAACUUAAAAAAAAGGAACAAAUUAUCACAGUGAGUAUGACAGUUUCACUGGCGGAACGUCAAAGUCAUCUUCAACGUAAGCAAAGGGCGUCGAGUCGUCUGGAGGCAAUCAACGCCAUGAAUAAGCUGGAUGAUAGCAUCGAGAGGAGAGUGUCAGAGUUAAGUGUUGCUAAUUCCGAUGGAUCCUAUGAAGUGCUGCCAGCUACGACGAUCAACAUUUCGAAAGAAGGAACUUACGAAAACGUUUCGUCUUCUCGACGAAAUUCUCUCGAUUCAGACGACGACAACAAUUACAACACGGUCCACUCUACAUAUUCCACGACCACCAUAGUUCCGUAUGAGCUGCAGUCGGAACAUGACAACCCGUCGUUCGUUCCCGACUACGAGGUGGACGGCAGCAUGGCGGAUUUGGAUGGUAAUAAACGUGGCGUGGGUGAUGGCGGCGAUAAUUCUGAUGACGAUGAUUUUAAUGACGGUGGAACUUUCGGAAACCUACGAUCAUCGCCGACUAUUUCUAGGAAGCCGAAGAAGAAGAAAUCUGUUUGUAUCAACGAAGCGUCUGAUGAGAAUAAUCCUGAAACGACAUCAGUUACUACUGAGAAUAUUAACACUAGCAACUCCAUUACAACGCAUGAUACUUUAGCAAAUAAUAUUAAUACUAAUACAACAGAGACUGAUGGUGACCCCAUCGAUAUGGUGCCAAUGGGCAAAAAACGACGCUUCAGCGGUGUUGCUGAAAAAGACAUUGAAACAAUGAGCUCCGGUGUUGCACCUCAUAAAGUCCACUUUGAUAUUUCGGCCGACCAAAGACGGAGACCCUCAACAGCCGAGAGGUUGGUGCUGGAAUUCAGAAGGCUCAGUCGACGACUAAGUGUUCCGGAAUUUGUUUUCAGAAAUAUUUUCGGAAAAUCAAACAGUCGUCGAGAGAGGAUAAUGCGGCCUUUACGGUUAUUUAAAACAAAGACAUUCUACAAAUUAUGGUUUAUUUUCGUACUUAAUGGACAGGGGAUUGCCUUUAUGUUAACUCUUUGGAAGGCUUACGGUCAAACGUUCAUCAACGAUGACUUCUUCCUGUCAACAGUCGGCGCAUGCUCAUCACUGUUCAACGCGUUUGGAAGAAUCACGUGGGGUAUUGUGGCAGACAAGUUUACCUUCAGAGUAUCUAUGAUGAGCUUGUCCACCUUGUUCGCUGUCUUCACGCUCACCCUCAACGUCACGGAGUUGUUGGGUAAACCUUUGUUCUUCAUAUGGAUGUGUUUUAUUAAUUUCGGUUUCGCCGGAAACUAUGCCCUGUUACCAUUCGCCAGUUCGAGAGCUGUCGCCCACAUAUGUGUAGCUGCUCCAGGAGCAGUUUUCUCAGCCAUGACUGUUUCCAGUGCCAUCGGAGCUGUUCUCACCGUAGAACUCAAAGAAACAAUUGGUUGGGAUGGAAUGUUCUUUCUAACUGGAGGUCUCUCAAUUAUCGUGAUUCUUAUAGCGUUCACAUUUGACGCCGAGACGCCAUCAGGCGACAAAAUUUAGCUGCGGGUUCAAUACUCGACGACGUAAACCCCCUAAAUUUCAACUGCUGAGCCACGAGACGCGAACGUCACAGAAAUAUCAAGUUUAACUUCAUCCGUGUGCAAACCCAGAACAUAUUUAAACCUGUAUGUGAUAGGAAUUGGACUCCAUCUCAUGAAUAUUCAUAAUAUUCUUCAAAACGAUAGUCUUUCUGGCUUACAUGACAAAGUAAAUGAAUAUAUAUAUAUACAUACAUAUAUAUAUAUAUAUAUGUAUAUAUAUAUAUAUGUA